AAAAUCAAAAAUGAAUUCGAUACUAAUAUGCUUGUUUGUUCUCUCAAACAUCCUUGUGUGCAUCAAACCUGAAGAGAUCACUUACAUGGCAAGCUAUUGUCCAAAUACAACCAGUGAUUAUGCACAAGGAAGCAAAUUUCAGUUCAAUCUUAACCGAUUGUUGUACAGAUUAUUGUACAAUAAUGCUAGCAAUUCCAUUUAUGCAAAACCCAGUGUAGGUGAAAACGAUGACGAUAGAGUUCAUGGAUUGUAUCUCUGUAGAGGAGACGUUGCACCUAAAGACUGCCAAAACUGCAUAGAUGUGGCAAGUGAGCGGAUCCAGCGUGAAUGUCCGCUUAAGAAACAAGCAACUAUAUUGUAUGAUCAGUGUUUGAUACGCUAUUCUAGUAUACCUAAUUUUGCGUCCACGUUUAAUGUCUCGUCUUAUUAUUGGAUCGUGUAUAACUCAGAUCAAAGCUUUUCAUGGAUGAAACAAGUUAAAGGGAUUUCAGAUGCAAUGUUUGAUAAUCUCACCCCUAAAGCUACAAAUGAUCUCAAAUAUGCUGAAAGUUUUGAUGAAAUUACACCGUUGUCGUUAUCUCAGAAGUUGUAUGGCAUGGUGCAGUGUAUACCAGAUUUGUCAGCGGAAGAUUGCCGUGCUUGCCUGAAGGGUGCGCGGUCUGUAAUCCCUAAAUCUGUACCACGUGAAUGUAGAGUUGUACAUGAAAGCUGUCAUUUAAGCUAUCAAUUCAAAAAUCCUGAGGAAGGGAGAACGGGAGCACCACCACCGCCAUCACCCACAUCGGGAGGCAAAGAUGAAGGGGGAAUGGGAGCACCACCACCACCAUCACCCACACCGGGGGACAAAGACCAAGGGUGGAAUGACCUAAGAGACUCUUGUAUUUGGCUCCGUUUGUCAGUUGAACCCUCACACUUAUCACUUUACCAACUAGACCCUUAAACCCAACAGAACACAACAUUUUAAGUUCUUUUCUCCUCUGGUCAGUGUGUGUGUAAUGGACGCGAUUACACGUGGAAUUCCACAUCAUUUUUUAGUGUCACGUAUGCAAUUAAGUGCUAAAAAAAAUAAAAAAUCAAAUAGAUCAAUUUUUAGUUUCUUAAACUUUUCAAAUAGUCAUCUUCUUCAUAUUUGGUCACAAAUUG